CGAUAGCCUUGCCACAAGACGGCCGAUGCUAUCCGUGAACGAAAUGGCUGAAAGACUGCUGGAGAAAGCAAAGGGGAUGAGGUACCAGGAUGGACAUGCACUGUUCGCUGGUGUCUGGCACCCUGAUAUGUUCACUGACAAACUAAGAAACCUGGAAAUCUACAAAGAUGAUGUAUAUUUCACUGGAUAUAUGAGAUCAGGCACCUACAUUGGUCUAGAACUGGUACAAUUGGUGCUUAACAAUGCAGAUAUAGAGUACAUGUAUACUACAUCUGUACAUGAGCGAGAAAGUCAUCUUUUAAUAAGCAGAGAUGUUCUUGUACCUGGCAAACUUGGACCAUUUGACUAUGGUGAGAGUCCAAUACCUUGGUUGACCAAUAGGAAGCCACCUAGAAUCUUCAAAACACAUGGUCUCUAUGAAUAUGCCCCGUAUGGUGUAAGACAGGGGAAAUGUAAGAUUGUUGUGCAGACAAGGAACCCAAAAUCGACCUACUUGAGCUGGUAUAAAACAUUAAAGGAAAGCACGUCCGUUCACUUCCCAGAUAUAACAUGGGAGGACUUCUUUGCUGCUGCCAUCUCAGGGGAAGGCAAACAUUUGAUUCUGAGCUCCUGGUUUGACUUCUAUCUUACCUGGUGGAAACACAGGGAUCAUCUCGAUGUUUACUUUCUCAACUAUGAGGCAAUGUUCAAGGAUGGUAGAAAAGUCGCCAAAGAGUUAGCAGAUUUCUUUGGAAGAACUUUAACUGAAGAACAAAUCACAAAAAUAUUGAAAUAUAUAGAUUUUGAGGAAUGCAAAAAGAAUCCAACAUUUUCUAAUGUGUUCAAAGGUAUGACAGCGUUAAAGGGAUCACCAGGCCAUAUGCGUAAAGGCAAGAUUGAUGACUGGAAGAAUUACUUCACUGUGGCUGAAAGUGAACAGUUUGACAAACUUUAUAAAGAAAAAAUGGAAGGAUCAGGGUUUCCAGAACCUGUGUAUGAAUAGAGAGAUGAGAGAUCAUAAAUAAAGAUAUAACUACUGUAUUUGAGCUGUCAUUAUGUAAUACGGGACUACCUCAAGGAACCCAAGACUUGAAUAUGAGUAGAUACGGAUAUCAGGGCAGCCUUAUAGUUAUCCUCAUUUAUCCUAGAGCUUUUCGUAUAUGUUAGACUCUUACUAAUAUUUCAAUUACUAUACAUUUAUACAAGGUUCAUUUUCAUUUAUGUGUGUUUUCUAGGGAUUGGAUACAUUUUCAAAGCAUGGGUAAUAUUAAAAAGAAGUGGUGAUAUAGAGGUUAUUUAAUGGGAGGGAUGGAAUAUGAAUUUUAUUUCGAGGGAUAAUAUGAUAUUGACCAAGGGGAAUAUCAUAUUGACGGAGGGCGAUGGCCCGAGUGUCAAUAUGAUAUUUUCCGAAGGCAAUAUCAUAUUUUUUUGAAGAAAAAAUUAUAUUCCAUCACGACCAUCAAUCCAAUGACCAAUUUAUUCCAUGAUAUUUUUGUGAAACUUGUUUUGUAUGUCGUCACCCAAUGAUAUUGAUAUUAAAUGAUACAACAAUAAUAGCACAAUAUCAAGUCUCAUGAAAUUUUCUGAUAGUUUUGAUAUCCAUUAACUGGAUCUGAUACGAGAUUCUUCCCACGGAAAACAUAUGGCAUAAAUAUUAUUAUCGACCGACUUUCGGAGGUCAGUUGAUUACACC